GCUUUUUUAGCUACUUUCAGUUUCAAAUGUCACAAAUGAGGAUGAUAUUUCGUCUGAUCUCUCGGCUACCUUUGAAGCAGGUGGGACAGUCAAUAAGGACCAUGAAUUCUUCCUCGGCAAAGCGACUCGCUGGAAAAGUAGCCAUUAUCACAGCCUCCACAGAUGGAAUUGGGUACUCCAUAGCUGAGAGACUUGGACAAGAUGGAGUUAAAGUGAUGAUCAGCAGCAGAAAACAGAAGAAUGUAGACAGCAGCCUCCAGAAACUGAAGUCACUGGGAAUCGAGGCCUCAGGACUAGUGUGUCAUGUAGCCAAGCGAGAGGACAGAGCAAAAAUGAUACAGAAGACAUUGGAUGACUUUGGGGGUAUUGACAUAUUUGUUUCCAAUGCUGCUGCAAAUCCACAUUUUGGUCCACUAUUAUCAUGUUCUGAAGAAGCAUGGGAUAAGAUAUUUGAAACUAAUGUAAAGGCUACAUUUAUGUUAUGUAAGGAAAUUAUACCUCAUAUGGAAAAACGUGGAGGAGGGUCCAUUGUCAUUGUUAGUUCCAUAGGAGGUUAUCAACCUUCACCUGUUAUUGGUGCUUAUUCAGUCAGCAAGACAGCCCUACUGGGACUAACGAAGGCACUAGUUCAUGAGUGUUCACCGAGGAACAUUAGGGUCAAUGGAAUUGCACCUGGUGUUAUCAAAACCAGAUUCAGCGAACAGUUGUGGAAGGAUGAAGAAAGCACUAUUAGUCAAAUGGCCAAAAAUAUGACACCAAUGAAAAGAUUUGGUGAACCAAAAGAGUGUGCAGGGACAGUGUCUUUUCUGGUUUCGGAUGAUGCUUCCUACAUAACUGGAGAAACUAUUCUAGUGACUGGGGGCAUCGAUGCUAGGCUUUAGUGGGCGUGUCUACAGGGAUAUGGAUGAUAGACUCUAGUGGGCGUGUCUACUGGGAUCUGGAUGCUAGACUAUCGUGAACGUGUCUACCAUAUGAUGUGAUUAAUCUGUGAGAGGUUAUGUGUAUGCCUUUUUAGGACAAUUAAUUUUAUAAUCUGUGAUAUCAUCGCAUUAUUUGAUAUUGUAAUCAUCUCAAACUGAGUGGAUAAAGUAUGUACAUCUAAUAAACAUAUGAUGAAAAAUGUUA